AUGAGCACAGGCAUGGACAGCAAAAACAAGCAACAUUUGUACUUUGAUUUCCAAGAUGAAUAUGACUAUUUUGGAGAGUUCCUUGUCAACAAAUAUGUCAAGGUAUACUGGACAGCAUUCUUUAUCUUGUGCAUGUAUUGGGGACUCUUCCUGUUUGCCCAGCAUAUAUUUGGCGAUGGCAAUACGUAUCGUAACGCAACUCUUCAUCAUAGCCGAGAAGGAGCCGUUCAUAGUUUAGACAUUGAUACAUACGAUAACGUCCGUUCUUGGGUCAAUCACCCUACUGCGAUGAACAUCUAUGUAUGUAAGCGCAUGGCUCAUAGUUCCAUCAUUUCCUACUCAAUGGCAUUGUAG